AUGCCACGCUCGAACCGCCUGACCUCGCGGGACGAGGUGCGCUAUGUCCAAACGGAAGAAUUUGGACGACAUGAGUUAGGCUUGGUCAGGAUCUUGACUCGAGAGCGUCUCUCGAAUGGCUUCUUCUGCCCUGUUCUCGAAACCCCCGCGGGGUCAGAAUCCCUGCAAGCUGCUUUCACCAUCUCCACACCGAAUCACUUUCCAAUAAGGACUCUUACCUCGAUCAUGAAGUUCACAUCCGUACUCACCUCCCUUGCCCUCCUCGCCCUCCCUUCUCUCUCCUCCGCUUACUACCUUACCUACGACGAGACCUACGACAACGCCGCGCUCUCCCUCGACUACGUCGCCUGCUCUGAUGGGGUCAACGGCCUCAUCAGCAAGGGCUACACAACCCUCGGAAGCCUCCCCACCUUCCCCAACGUCGGCGGCGUCUUCGCCGUCACAGGCUGGGACUCUACAGCUUGUGGGUCAUGCUGGGACGUGACGUACACCUCGCCGACUGGGACCACGAAUCUGUUGGUCACCGCUGUGGAUACUGGCGCAGAUGGCUUCAAUUUGUCGCUGGAGGCUAUGAAUACGCUGACGAAUGGAGAGGCUGUUUUCUUGGGGAAUGUGACGGUGACGGCGACGGAGGUGGCGCCGUCGCAGUGUGGAUUGUAG